GCUAAACAUCAGUGUGUUUGAAGCACUUGCUUUGGUCACAAAACACAGCACCCUGCUAGCUAUUAGGAAGAAAAUUAACUUGGUCCCAGCUAAAAAAGUACAGUGUGAAAGAAAAAAAUUGAAAUAACAGUCUUUUAAAUGUCAUGCAGUUUUUUUUUUGCCCAAUCUGUUCGGCUUCCAAAGGACACAAAGUUUAAAUGUUUACAAUAGGAGGAGAUUGGCUUACGGAUGUACAGCAGAUAAAAAUGGAGAAGUUUCUGAGUGUAUACCGGAAGUGGGGGUUUGUCGGUUCUAAUGGCACAAAAUAAGUACAACAGCUGUGUACUGAUAGUUGUAUGACAACACUGUAUAUUGUUCUGGCUUACUGUCUUUGUAUUUAGAAUAGAAAUACACACUUUAAAUUUUUUUUAGAGUAGUAUUUUAUUAGUGGAAAAAUACUGCCUUCAGUUUAAUCCUUCAAACAAUAUGCUUUGGACUUUGGAUCUUAUAAAAGAGGAAGGACACCUGGUGUGUCAAAGAACCUUUCUGAAAAAAGUAAGCUAUCAAAAGAUUAACAACAGGCAGUUGAGAUAAAGAUGGUAAAUUAUUGUUCAUAUUUGUUAAUAUUAACACUGUGUUAAUAACAGUGAUCGGUGGUUUUCCCUUUGACAAAAAUCAUAAACUAAAGGAUAGAGAAUAACUUUUUUCACAAAUGAUAAGUUUUGUAAGGCUGUUUUUCUAGUGGGGGGUUUUUAGUUAGAUCCUGGAUAAACAAGGAUUAGGCUGUUUAUUGUUCUUAUACUGAAGAUAAUGAAGCUAAUACUUCACAUUAGCAACUCAAACUCUGCAGUCACCUCUUGUCACUUACCCUCUAUCCUUACCCUAGAUUGGGAGAUGAAGUAAUAAGAUGAGAGUUAUGAAAAACUUAAUACAAUGUGGACAUUGUCAAGAUACUGAAAUAAGCAGCAUAAAUCAUUGUCAGCCGUCCCCAUGCAAACAAAACAAAUUACAAAGGAAGGCCGCAAUGCAUAGAGGAUGUGAGGGAGAUUAAUUAUUACUCAGGAAUUACUCUUUAACUAAAUUAGCAAUUGCUACCAGCUUUUAGUAGGGACGGUGCUAGUUGUGGAGCGUUUUAGAAAGAUGUUGGAAAAGAAGGUCUGAAAAUAGAAGUUGGACAGCAAAGAACCCUCCGUGUAGAGAAGCUGCUCCACACAUCUGACAAAUAGAGGCAUUCAGAGUGUCACAUAUCAUACAUAUCAUUAAAUGCGUGUUCUGUGACUGGUUUUUCAUAAAAGCACAGUAGCUGGCUCUCUGAAUAAAGCAACAUAAAGUACAAGGACAAAGAAAUUUGCAUGGACAUUUAGAUGUUCAAAAUGUUGUGUUCUGGGAAAAAAUCUUACUUUGCUGCUGCUGUGUGCAUUAUGACUGUAACUUCAAUGCUUGCAGUUUCUUAUCUGAAGUUACAGAGGCUUCCUCAUCAGCCAAAAGUAGUUCAAGAAGGUAGAAGAUGUAGAGGGAAAAUUGCCACUAGCACAAUAACAGCAUUAGAAGGUAACAAAACUUUUAUUAUAUCCCCAUACUUUGAUGACAGAGAAAGCAAAGUCACUCGUCUGAUUGGGAUUGUUCACCAUGAAGAUGUAAAACAACUGUACUGCUGGUUUUGCUGUCAGGCCAAUGGAAAGAUAUAUGUAUCAAAAGCAGAAAUUGAUGUUCACUCAGAUAGAUUUGGAUUCCCUUAUGGUGCAACAGAUAUAGUUUGUUUGGAACCUAAAAAUUGUGAUCCAACACAUGUAUCAAUUCAUGAGUCUCCAUAUGGAAAUAUUGACCAGCUGCCGAGGUUUGAAAUUAAAAAUCGCAAGCCUGAGACCUUUUCUGUUGACUUCACUGUGUGCAUUUCUGCCAUGUUUGGAAACUACAACAAUGUCUUGCAGUUUAUACAGAGUAUGGAAAUGUAUAAGAUUCUUGGAGUACAGAAAGUGGUGAUCUAUAAGAACAACUGCAGCCAUCUGAUGGAGAAAGUCUUGAAGUUUUAUAUAGAAGAAGGAACUGUUGAGGUAAUUCCCUGGCCAAUAAACUCACACCUCAGGGUUUCUUCUGAAUGGCGCUUCAUGCAAGAUGAGACACAGAUUGGCUACUAUGGACAAAUCACAGCUCUAAAUGACUGUAUAUACCGUAACAUGGAAAGGAGCAAGUUUGUGGUCCUUAACGAUGCUGAUGAAAUAAUCCUUCCCCUUAAACACCCAGACUGGAAAACAAUGAUGAACAGUCUUCAGGAGCAAAACCCAGGGACUAGUGUUUUCCUCUUUGAGAACCAUAUCUUCCCAGAAGCCGUAUCUUCUCCCAUGUUCAACAUUUCAUCUUGGAAUACUGUGCCAGGUGUUAACAUAUUACAGCAUGUAUACAGAGAGCCUGACAGGAAAGAUGUAAUCAAUCCCAGGAAAAUGAUAGUUGAUCCACGAAAGGUGAUUCAGACUUCAGUCCAUUCUGUCCUACGUGCUUAUGGGAAGAGUGUGUAUAUUCCCAUGGAUGUUGCCCUCAUUUAUCACUGUCGGAAGGGCCUUCAAGGAAACCUUCCCAGAGAAUCUCUCAUCAGGGAUACAACACUGUGGAGAUAUAACUCAUCAUUAAUCAUGAAUGUUAACAAGGUUCUAUCUCAAACCGUGCUGCAAAAUCAAAAUUGAAACCUCUGUUAUAAGGAGUGAAAGUGGUGGGCUACCUGUUUUGUGGGAAGAUAGAGGAUAUAAUUUAAAAAUCACAUUACAUUGAUUUCCACAUGGAGUCUACAUUUUUCUGCAGUUAUUUAGGGAAUAUAUAGCAAAGCCAUGAAUCAUUCAAUGAUACCAAGGGUCAAUGCAGAUUGCAGUAUCUCUUCUGGGAAAUGUACAAUUUGUUUUCAGUUAAUAAUAAAAAUCAGUAUUUGUCAACUGAUUCAAACAAUGCAAAAUAGUUUUCAACCUAUGUACAAAAAGUACAAAUACAGUCAGUAUUAAAGAUA